UAUCAGCAGGACGAAUAAGGACUGACGUAUCGGAUUGUAAAUCAAGCAAAGCUUGUUUUUCAUCCUUGGGUAAAUUAUGGAAAGAUUUGGAGUCCUGUUUGUUCUUAAGGAGAUGAGCAACAUCUUUUUCAACGAGUCUGCAAUAUGUCUCGAUCAAGUGAUUGUGAUUGGCUGGAAGCAUAAAAUAACUCUUACUUCUAAAAGGAGUCGGAGUAUGUGCAGAUCACAGAUCCUUCCCACACAUCACUGAGUCCACCACCAUGGCCUCUAAAGCAGCAUCUGUGUUGCUGCUGGUUUACCUGUCAGGAUCUACAUUUGGGAUCAAGCUGACUGGAAAUGGAUACACUGACAUUCUGAUUGCUAUUAACCCUGAGGUGCCUGAGGACCCUGUGCUCAUCACACAAAUCGAGGAAAUGUUUAAAGAAGCCUCCAGACAUCUACUCAAUGCAACAAAGAAACAUUUAUAUUUCAAGGAAGUCGCAAUAUUAGUGCCACCUAAUUGGAAUAAAGGAAAUUACUCCAAAGCAAAGACGGAGGUCUACGAUAAGGCCAAUAUAAUAAUUGAUGAGCCAAAUAAAUUACAUGGAGAUCAGCCUUACACUCUGCAGUAUGGUGAAUGUGGAUCUGAGGGCCGGUACAUUCAUUUGACUCCUGACUUCAUGCUGAAUGAUGAUGUCUCUAAAUACUAUGGACCCAGAGGUAAGGUUUUUGUCCAUGAAUGGGCACAUCUAAGAUGGGGAGUUUUUGAUGAAUAUAAUGAAGAAAAACCAUUCUACCUGUCAGGUUCCAUAAUCGAGGCAACAAGAUGUACCAUAAACAUUACAGGAAAGUACAUCCACAAACGUGACCAAAGGGACUGCACCACUGACCCUGUUACUGGGUUAUACACCGAAGACUGUGUAUUCUACCCUGACAAGCAACAGACAACCUCUGCAUCUAUCAUGUACAAUCAAGGCCUUAGUGCUGUAAAAGAGUUCUGUACAAAAGAAACUCACAACACUGAGGCUCCAAACAUCCAGAACAGACUGUGUGGUAACAUAGGUGUAGAGGAAGUUAUCACUUCACUUUCUGUAGAUGCCAGUGUGGCAGUUGUGCCAACACCACCAAGUAUACUACCCACAUUCACUGUGGUGCAGUGCCGGCAAAGGGUUGUCUGUCUUGUCCUUGAUGUUUCAGGAAGCAUGGCUGCAGGUUCUAGAAUGUUGAACCUGAAACAAGCGGCAACACUCUUUAUACAGAAGAUUGUUGAAGACCAAGCUUAUAUUGGCAUUGUACAAUUUACAGCUACGGCUACAAUUCGUGAACCAUUGACUUUAAUUGAUGGUGAAGCGUCGAGAGAUAAGCUUGUAGGCAGACUGCCACUAUCAGCUGGUGGAGGCACAGACAUUUGUGCAGGUGUUAAGAAAGGUCUGGAGGUACUUGGGGGAGAUGGAGAUGGUGCAAUAGGAGAUGCAAUCAUAUUACUAACUGAUGGGGAAUCAAGUAUCAACUGUCAAAAAAGGGUUAAUGAAAGUGGUGCAACUGUGCACACAAUAACUCUUGGGCCAAAUGCAAACAUAGAUGUAAAAGAAUUGUCAGACAUAUCAGGUGGUAAAUAUCACAAUGCUGCUGAUGGUGUGGAUUCCAAUGACCUUGUGGAUAUUUUUGCUUCACACACAACAUCUGAUGGAAAUCUGACCAAGCAGACAAUCCAGCUUGAGAGCACUGGAUUGAAUAUGAUUGGUUGGUUUAAUGGAUCUGUAUCCAUUGACAGGACAAUUGGAAACAAGACAAGCUUUUUAGUUAUCUAUGAAAGAAGUCCACCUGACAUCCUUGUUUUAAGCCCCUUUACACGGACCUAUGACACAUCACAUUUCAAACAUGAUGCUCCUGCUAAGACUUUAACGCUCGAUAUUGAAGGAACUGCUGAGACUGGAAAGUGGAAAUACAGCCUGCUAAAUAAAGAGUCAACUGCCCAAUCUAUGUCAAUGACUGUGACAAGUCGUGCUGUCAGUGACGCUAUACCACCGGUCAUGGUCAAAACCCACAUGAGCCAACAGUCCAGCAACGGCAGCAAACCCAUGUUGGUGUAUGCAGAGGUCAACCAGAAAGGUGUUCCAGUGAUUCUGGCAGAUGUGAUGGCCACACUGAAGUCUGAUUCUGGGGACGAAUAUCAGCUACAACUGCUGGAUAAUGGAGCAGGUGCUGAUGCUUUCAGAAAUGAUGGCAUCUAUUCCAGUUACUUCACUGAACUAACAACAGGAAAAUACAGCUUGAAAGUGAAAGUACAUAACAAUGAUGGCAUGGCCAGAUUCUCCCUCAGGAGACACAGUGGAGCACUUUACAUACCUGGAUAUGUGGUUAAUGGACAAGUGGUGAUGAAUCCCCCAAAGCCCCCAGUCAGUGAGGAUGACCUGCAGGCUGAUGUGGGCAGCUUCACCAGGACAGUCAUAGGAGAGAGCUUCUCAGUCCUUCUCCCACCUGGUGUCCCCCCUCCAAAUUUCCCCCCUAACAAAAUCACAGACCUGAAUGCAGAGAUAGAGGAGGACAAAGUGCUGCUCACCUGGACUGCACCUGGGGAAGACAUGGACCAAGGCACAGCAACGGCCUAUGAGAUUCGUUUUAGUGAAGAUUCGGGCCUACUCAGAUCCAACUUCAGUACCGCUCAUCUUGUCACAUACGACCUCUCACCAAAGAAGGCAGGCUCCCCAGAAAAGCUCUCAUUUACUCUCUUCUCAAUCAUCAAAAAUGGCACCACUCUGUUCUUUGCAGCAAAAGCAGAAGACAAAUCUUUCCUGAAAUCUGAAACAUCCAACAUUAUUCAAGUGACCAAGAUUGUUCCCAAAGCUCCUGUUCCUUCUCCAACUGAUGCGCCUGAUACAUCAGGCAGUGGUGUGAACAUUACUGCUAUAGUCAUAUCAGUCACCACAGUAACAAUGGUGGCUUGUCUGAUUGCUAGUGUGACAAUGUGUUCAAUUAAAUCAAGGAGAGUUAUUAAUCAUGCUUAAAACAUGUCGAUGAACAAAUGUAGCUCCAGCUCAUUGCACUGAAUCAUAGCAAAGCUUCCUGUGUUUUUGAUUAACACUAAAAAAACAUAUGAAGUAGAGGGAAUAAAUGAGCUUAUCUACCAUUCUUUGUUUUUUAAAUAGCUGAAAGGUUAGAAUGAGAUCAUAGCUAACCAAAUUAAAUUGAUCGUGCUAUAAUAGAUUGAUUAGACCGAUUCUCUUAAGAUCUCAUUUGAAGCUUUGUGUUUGUGCAUUAACCAUCAUGUGUUUACAAUGAAGAACAUGUUCUGUUAAGGUACAAUAUGUAAGAUUUAUCAUAAAAUUGAUUGACAUUAAUGUGUAUUAUGUCAUGACUGGCCUCCUCGGGUCAGGUUACCGGCCUCCUCGGGUCAGGUUACUGGCCUCCUCGGGUCAGGUGAAAUGUGAAGUUAGUUGUCUAAAUUGGAUCUGAGAUAGUUGUAUAAAUUGAAUCCGGUCACCACUCUCCAUCGAAUCGUGUGUCUACACUGCUUUCAUUCCUACACUGUGAGCCCUGAGCUACAGGGCUGGCUGUUCUCAAAAUACCCCUUUCAGAACAAGGGCGAGGACACAGACCACUAAGACAAAGGACACUGACAUGAUGAGGACAACCAGAGAGUUACAUACCCUGUAACCAGAGAAGUGCGUCAUCAGAGAAGCCGAAACUGUCCACGCAGAGACCCCCAUUGGAGACCUUUAACAUGUAAUUACAUCAUUAUAUUCUGACCCAUGAGACCGGCAGUUCGGGGCAAGGUUAGGGUUAAAAUAAUCAUAGCUGACAAAUGCACCCAAGUGUAUUUUUCUCUCGUGUACUCUCUCUCUUUCUCUCUCUUUUGAAAUCCUCAUUUUGUGUAACGUGUCAUAUUGUGUUGGCCCGCUAGGGACUGGUUCAUCGUACUAAGUUCUAAUCAAUAGCCUAGACGGUAGGUUUGUGUAUGUGUAUCUAAUAUCAUUUUAGCUUGUUAGUAAAUAAAUAAUCAACUCAUGGGUGGGACUCGGGUUUGUGCAGAUUCACGGAUUAUGCAACGUUCAGAAUGAGACUGUAAAUCAAAAUCAAAUCAAAUCAAAUUUAUUUAUAUAGCCCUUCGUA